AUGGCCGACGCAGCCAAAGCGGAAGGCAACAAGCUCUUCGCCAGCAAGGACUUUACUGGAGCGGUCGAGAAGUUCAGCGAAGCCAUCGAGCUCCAACCCGACAAUCACGUGCUCUACUCGAAUCGAUCAGGCGCCUACGCUUCGCUCAAAGACUUUGACAAAGCGCUCGAAGAUGCCAACAAGACCACCGAGAUCAAGCCGGACUGGGCGAAAGGAUGGGGUCGCAAGGGGACAGCCAUGCACGGCGUGGGUGACUUGGUGGGAGCAGUAGACGCAUUCGAAGAGGCACUCAAGCUCGACCCGGCCAACGCACAAGCCAAAUCCGGGUUGGAGUCGGUGAGGAGAGCCAUUGAUGCCGAGGCCAAGUCGGAUGGUCUUGCUGGUGAUCCUAGCGGUGGUCUGGGUAGCAUGUUCAACGACCCGCAAAUGAUCCAGAAGCUGGCCAAGAAUCCCAAGACGGCGGGAUAUCUGGCCGACCCGGCGUUCAUGAACAAGCUGCAGAGUAUGAAGAACAACCCGAACGCGAUGAGCACGGAGAUGAUGUCGGAUCCGAGGUUCUUGCAGGUCAUGGGCGUGUUGUUGGGUGUGGACAUGUCGAUGAUGGAGACGCCGGAUGCGGAUGCAGCGGCAGAGAGGAUGAGGAGUGGCGGUGAUGCUGAGGAAGAUAUGCCCAUGCCGGACGCAAGACCUUCACAACCCAAGUCACAGUCCAAGAAGGCACCCGAACCCGAGCCGGAACCCGAGCCGGAAGACGAGGAGGCCGUCGCUGCGAAGAAAGCAAAGGAGGAGGCGGACAAGGAGAAGGCGGAGGGUACAGCCGCAUACAAAAAGCGCGACUUUGACACAGCGAUAGCUCACUACACCAAAGCCUGGGAGAUCCACAAGGACAUCACAUACCUCACCAACCGCUCCGCUGCACAAUUCGAGAAAGGUGACUACGAGUCUUGCAUAAUCUCCUGCAAAGAAGCCAUCGAGCACGGCCGCGAAGUGCUCGCAGACUUCAAAAUCAUCGCCAAAGCCUUUGGUCGCAUGGGCUCCGCCUACGAGAAGCAAAGCGAUUUGGCCAACGCGGUGGAGUAUUACCAGCGCAGUCUAACCGAGCACCGCACACCCGACAUCCUCAACAAACUCCGCGCGGCCGAGAAAGCGAAGAGCAAAGCCGAGAAAGACGCCUACCUCGACCCCGAGAAAGCUGAAGAGGCACGCGAACUAGGCAACCAGAAGUUCAAGGAGGCAGACUGGCCAGCCGCAGUAGAAGCUUACACCGAGAUGGUCAAACGCGCCCCCGAGGAUCCACGAGGCUACUCCAACCGCGCCGCCUGCUUGAUCAAACUCCUCACCUUCCCCUCCGCGGUCUCAGACUGCGACCUAGCCAUCAAGAAAGACCCGGAGUUCGUGCGUGCCUACAUCCGCAAAGCACAGGCACUGUUCGCGAUGAAGGAGUAUAACCGCGUCAUUGACGUCUGCGCAGAGGCGAUGGAGCACGACAAGGAUGGGAAGAACUCGCGGGAGAUUGAGGCGCAGAGCCAGAAGGCGUUACAGGCGCAGUUCUCCGCUCGCGAGGGUGAGAGCGAGGAGGAGGCGCAGGCGAGGAUUCAGCGGGAUCCGCAAAUCAUGGAAAUCCUCCAAGAUCCCGUCAUGCAGAGUAUCCUUCAACAAGCCAAGGGUGAUCCCGCGGCAUUGCAGAACCAUAUGCAGAAUGCGGAUGUCAGAAAGAAGGUGCAGAAGUUGAUGGCGGCGGGUGUCAUUAGGGUGGGGAGGUAG